AUACAUGCUCAUAUGUAAGCCGGGAGUGGGAGGUGCCGAGGAAAAGUUGCGCUCGGGGUGAAGGCUGCGAUGGCGUCUCCACCCCUCUUUUCAUCAAUAAAUAAUUGAUUAUAUAGGCAUUAUGAAUAUUUCUGUAAGUGUGCGUGUAGACUAGGUGAUAAUAAUAUGUAUUGUAAGUAGUACAUUUUUACACUUUACUUUACACGUUACACACACUCACACACAUUUGACAAAUCAUAAACUCGUAUAUGUGAUAAAAAUUUCGGCUAAAACUUAAGAUUGGUCUUCAUAUUAAUUUUUAACAUUCUUGUCUCAAUCUACUUUCGAAAUUCUAACCACCCCCCUGACUGCCCCCGAAAAUAAAAAAUUAUUUUUUUUAAUUAUAGCUAAAUAAAGUAGUUAACCGUAGUUAUCCCUCUUUACCGUAGCGGAAGACAGUCUAUUCUACUCAUUCUUUCCUGGUUUGCGACAACAAUGAAGGGUGAUAAAUAAAUAAAGAAUAUUUUUCUAUUUUCUUUAUAGACCUACAGGUCUCUUGUUAUGAUGGCUGAAUCCAUGUCAAGUGAAAUCGUACAUCUAAAUGUUGGGGGAACAAGGUGAAACUUAUUAAUAUUGUUGUUGGCUGUAUGGUCUACCUCUCGUCUGUCGAUUUUUGUAGCCUAGGCCUAGUUACCCUAGGCCUAGGCCUAGUAGUUAGUAGCCUAGUACAUAUUAUUAGAUAGAUAGUGUACAGUACAGUGUUCAGAAACAGUUGAGUACUGAGACUCAGUGUACCGAGACUUGGUUUAGUCCUAGUCUCUUUUAGUAUGGAUUCUAUCUAGUUCCUUGCCUAAUCCUACUCUAUGCCAUGGUAAUCUACCACUUGAGCGUCGGCCAAGAAAAAAUCCUGCUGUUCCGGUUGGAAGGGCUAUUUAAACAACUAUUCUUAUAUUAUUUUUUUAAUGACAUUGGUUGUACGUAUUCAUUCCCCCAAGUUGACUAUGAAGUUUUAAAAAAUAUAAUUUCAACUAAAACGGUUGUGGUACAUGAAUCCACGUAAAUGUGAAGGGGAAAGAUCACCGCUUGUGCCUAACUGUCUUUUCAGUUUACGCUUUUUGAGCAUUCACAUUUUCCACAUUCUGUGUUUGGACAUCGGCGUCAUCUGGAUCAAAAAAAUAAUUGUAGUCUCUUUUUCUUCCUGGCAUAUCUGUAGUUUGGCAGUAAUAAUUAUUUAAAUGUAUUAGUAUUGUGCUACAGUAUAUAACUUAAUAGCCUAUACGAAAUCAAAAAUAUUAAUAGACUCCAAUGUAUAGGUACUCCAACUCAAAAUUUCAGAUACAUCUGACAUACACAAGGAGCAUAUCAUUGGAAAGAGCUGACUUUAAGCUUUCCAUUGACACCAAGAUAAUCUUUCUAUCACUUAUAGAAGAAAAGUUAUGAAUUUUUUAGUGAUUUAUUUUUUCCCACUAUUUGGCUUUGUAUUUAAUUUUUAAAACUGUGAUCGAAUUAUUACUCUUUUUGUACUAUUUUGGUUGUAUCUUGUUGGCUUUNAGGAGCAUAUCAUUGGAAAGAGCUGACUUUAAGCUUUCCAUUGACACCAAGAUAAUCUUUCUAUCACUUAUAGAAGAAAAGUUAUGAAUUUUUUAGUGAUUUAUUUUUUCCCACUAUUUGGCUUUGUAUUUAAUUUUUAAAACUGUGAUCGAAUUAUUACUCUUUUUGUACUAUUUUGGUUGUAUCUUGUUGGCUUUUAAAGUUAGACUGCUCAAAUUUGGAGGACACAUUUACAAUACAAUGUUUAACAAAAUUAAACACAUGAAUUUUGAAUUAACUUAUUAUAUUUUUUGAAAAAAAAAUUUUAUAAGCAUAUAGCAUGGAUAACGACAAUUGUCGAAAAAAAAAAUUUCUUAAAAAAAUGACAUAAUUAUUAAACCAAUAAAGCUAUCAAUAUGAAAUUUUCAAUACAAACAGAUAAUGUCCAUCUAAAAGUAAGGCAUAUUUAAAAUAAAUAAAAUUCUGAUCAGAAAAAUUUAUGCAGUAUUAGAAAUAAUAUUUUAUGAAAAGCAACUGCGGCCGAGAAAUUUUUUACAUUUAAAUAUACAACUUUUAAACUAAUAAAGCUAAUGCAAUCAAAUUUUCAGUAAAAAUAGAUAGUGUCCAACCAAAUAUAAUAGAGUAUUAAAAUAUAUCAAAAGCAAUUAAAAUCAUGCUAUACAAAAUUUUAAAAUGUCAUGUAAUCUGUCGACAUUGUUUCGGCUCCGGAGGUCUAGCAACACUUCAUCCUCAUCGAUUGGUACAUUAAAAAAAUAUGCCUCCAUUGUCAAUAUCAAAUUGGGUUGUUUGUUGAUCUCCUCCAAGUAAAUACAUAGCAAAAUUACAGGGAAUGAUUACAAUCUGUAACUCUGGAAAAUAAAAAAUAAAGAUUAGGACUAUUAAUUUAUGAAUACCGGUACAUGUAAAUAAUGAUUCAAUAUUUUUAAAUAGGCUUCACAAUGUUCUUUAUUAUAUGUACACUUAUAGCUGAUAAUAACUAGGACUAGGGGAUAUCUUACUAUCUAAUUCAUUGCUAUUUGUAUGUCAAAGCACUUUUAUCACUUUGACUUUGUUGUUUUAUCUCAGUAUAUGUAUUAGUUUUAUUGAUCCAAAGCCUGCUCUUAUAUAAUAACUAUAUAGGCCUAAAGUGUAAUUAUUAUUAAAAACCAGUUAUUAAAAAGUUUAUUUAAAAUCAAACUACUAAGUUAUAAUACAGGAAAUAUUUAUUUAGUUGUUUGAAAAAGGUUUUAAAUAAUAAUAACCACUGUUUACAUUAGAGAUUUACCACUUCCGGUAGAUCGAGGGGGAAAAAAUGGCCACGACUUGGCAACCUUGAAUUUUUAGUCACACGGUUCAAGCUCUCAUAAAUUUUGGGGACGAUCUAUACUCUUUAAAAUAAGUGUUUCUGCUUUUAAAAUAUAUAAUCUAUGCGAACAAGUAAUUUCCAAGUCCGAACGCGAUUUGAAAAAAAAAAUAUAGCACAGCAAACUCACUUACCCCACGUCAACUUUCCAAUUAAUCGUCUCAGCAAGGUCAGAUUUCCACUUAAUUCAUACCCUCGUAACCGGCAUGCAUCGCAGAUUUAAAUAAAACCAAGGAGAGUCCUCUAUUUUUAGAAAUGACGCAAAACAACACUAAUCACCAAGAUCUACCGAAAACGAAAAGCGCCUGCUGAUCACAGCGAUCGCCGCUCGGCAGGCCUCGUUUUUCUAUCGCGGGCGGCGAAAGUAUUGGAGUGCCUACAAUGUAAGAAUAGUUGCUUAAAUAGCCCUUCCAAACGGAACAACUGGAUUUUUUCUUGGCCGAAGCUCAAAUGGUAGAUUACCCACUCUAGCCCUAGUAAAAAAAAAGGGGGUAAUGCAUAGAGAUGCCGCCAUGACAUCAUUUGCAUUUUUAUUAAAUAAAGAUGCAGUGAAUUAGGGUUCAGGUUAAGUUUAGGGAUAUAUUUAGUUAGGUUUCGUGACAGAAUUAAGGUGGCCAUGUGGCGCCAUCUCUAUGCAUUUACCAAAAAAAGUAUAGAGUAGUCCUGAUUACCCAUGCAAAUUAAUCAGGCCUUAAAUGCCUUAAUUAUAAUUGGCUACAUUAUGACACACGUCACACAGGGUUAGUACAAUGUAAAUGUACUGUACAUUCAACAGACUUUUAGGUCAACUUCAGAAACUGUUUUAAUAGACAAUAAUACAGCUCUUAUUAAAACCCAUUUUCUCUGUAACAAUUAUUUCAUGGAAAAAAAACUUUAUAACCCUAUUUACUUGAAAGAUAAAUUAAUUUAAUUUCUUUUUUUAUUUUAUUGCUUAGAUUUUCAACUUCAAAACAAACACUAACUUGGAAUCCUGAAACAUUUUUCACAAGGUAAGUUUGUAGCUGUAAUCUUUCUAUAGCCUAUAUGGGCAGACAAUUGUAGUAGAAAUCUCUUACAACCGCAUGUAAUGUCUGAAGACUGUUGUUGCUCAUGCAAGGAAGCAGGCAUUUUUGGAUAACACAAAGAUGUCUAGAUUGAUUUAAUCCAGAUUGGCUGAUUCCCUCCAUAUUAAAAAAAUUCAAUUUGGUCUGUAGGCCUAUAUGAAUAUUUCAAUAAAUUAAUUGCCUUUAUGUUAAAGUAUUUUUUGGCCUACAAUAUUUAAGACUUAAAAAAAAAUUCUUACAUAUAAUUUUCUUGUCUAAUUCAAGAAUGUUUCCUGUUUUAUUUUAUGAUAGCUCUAACGAUACCCUUGGAAAAAAUCCUAGACUCUUGUUUGAUAUUUCUAAGGCAACAAACUAUGAAUUAUGUUGAGUUUGUUUACAAAUUUAUUCUUGGCAAACUUUGAAUUUUUUUUCCAUCAGUUUACUCAGUGGGCGAAUUUCUUCAGACAGAGAUGAAACCGGUGCUGUAAGUAGAUGUUUACUAAUGACUAUUAAGUUGAUAUUCGACUUUUGUAUAUUAAGUAGAUCUUUGACUUUUGUUUAUAAAGAAUAAUUUUGACUUUUGUAUAUUAAGCAGAUGUUUGACUUGUGACAAUAAAGUAUAUUUUGUAUUAUUUAUUUAUUUAAUACUGUUGAUCCUGCCCAUGUUUAGUAGUGCUAAUUAAGAUAAACAGGAUCAUUUUAAAUAGAUGAGGAAAAAGCUGUAACAAACAACCUGACACCCCAAUGAUCACCAACCUGACACCUCAAUGAUCACCAAUCUGAGACCUCAAUGAUCACCAAUCUGACACCCCAAUGAUCACCAAUCUGUCACCCCAAUGAUCACCAAUCUGUCACCUCUAUGAUCACCAAUCUGACACCCCAAUGAUCACCAAUCUGUCACCUCUAUUAUCACCAAUAUAUUUCUCUUGUUGUUUUAGAUUUUCAUUGACAGAGAUCCCAAGCUUUUUUCUGUUAUCCUCAACUUUCUCCGAACUAAAGAAAUCCAAUUAAGGUAGGUUUAUUAAGUCAUUAGUGGAAAGAUAUUCUCUCCUAACGCCUCAAUGUGAACUUGGCACAUUAUUGAACAGCAUUAACAUUCAGAUUGAAUGAAUUUCUUUUUUAUUUUUAUUUCAUUUUCUUACUUAAUGUUUAUGUUAAAAAAUUAUUUUCAGAAAUGUCGACUUAUCAGCUCUCAGACACGAGGCAGAAUUUUAUGGUAUCAAUGCUCUAGGUGAGGUUUAUGCCUUAUAAAUUGUAGCCACCUUUUGUUAUUUGAUGGCUGAUUAUUACCAGCUCUAAAAGAAAUUUUACUUCAACUGCACUUUUUUCACCAAAUACGAAACUGCUAGCAUACUUUGGGGGGGGGGGGGGGGGGGGGGGGAGAGAGUGUGUGUAAAGGGGCAUAAUACUUGACUAGUGACUUAUAUCAUGCUAAUAGUGUGUGUACUUGGGAACACAUUUCUUCCUAUAUCUGGGUGCUUGAAAGACAUAUUUCACCACUGAUAUAAAGGUAUUAAUAAAGCCAGCAGCAGACUUUCCUCUUUGAAACAAUGUUGUAUUUUUUAAAGAAAAAUUUUAGUUGUACAUGUGGGCCUCUACAUAGAAUGGUUACACCAUGGAAAACUGAAUCUUACAAGUUGCAUGCUUGAAGUAAUAUUUCUAUCUUCAGUGGGACGCCUUGCAUUAUGUGAAGAUUUAGACCACUCAUCUUGUGGUGAUGUUUUGUUUCAUGGAUAUUUCCAGCCUCCAAGUAAGUCAAUUCAUCAUUUUUAAUUUACAAUAGUUGAUUUAUUUAGCUCAAUAAUUUAUUUGGAUUAAUAAAGAAUAUCUAAUCUUAUUCAAUUUAAUUGCUUUUCAUAAUGUAAAAUAUUAAUUUGUUGUAUUAAAAAAAUUGCUUGUGUUUCCUUCAUUAGCGUGUCUGAUGGGUCGGAUCCAUCGGAUGCAAUUGUUGUUUUUUUAAUUAAAGUGGAUUGAGGAAUUAUCUCAGAUAAAUUGAACAUUUUAAAUUUGAUGUUUGCUUCAGUACCUCCCUUACAGACCUCCUCCAAUCUGCGCCAUUCUGUUGUUAGUGUGGAGGGUGGAGACACUAACAGAGCAAGUGGGGCAUCACACGGACAACCAAGGUAGGUGGAAGCUCAGAAGCUCAGGGAAAAUUCGAGGAUGAGAAAUUCUGCAACAACGAAAUCGUGUGUACUGACAUCAAAAAAAAAUAAUUGACGAUUCAAAACCUGCAGAAUCGGCUUCUGCUCUGAACAUAUUCAAUAGUGACCUGCAGUAAACUGCUUUCUAAUUGCUGUCUAAAAUUCACAAAGUAGGCAAUCCUGGAAGACCUGCUGUCUCGGCCUGCACUUUCCCUAAAGAACAGAUCUCAGAAUUUCUUGAUGGGAUAAUCCAGAUUUUUUGUAAUUUCUUUACCCAUAUAUAUUAAGGACACCAACCACGCUUUUAAAACAUUUAAUGCCUUAAACAUUACACAGAAUACAAAACAAGUACUGUUUUUACUUGACGUCUGCUCCUUGUGCAAGUCAAUUCCUCAAAAACAAACCACAUCCAUCAAUUCAUACUGACACCCUUUUCCAACCGCCUGAACUCGUCCUGACCCUCAACUCUUUUGAAUUUAAUGGUCAUUUAUUUGACCAAAUUAGUAGUGUGGCCAUGGGUACCAAAAUGAGCCCUAGUUAUACCUGCCAUUUUAUGGGCCACUUUGAAUACAUGGUAGAGAAGCCAUAUACUGGCCAUAACCAAUAAUUUUUCAGAUGAUUCAGUGAUGAUGUCAUUGGCAUCACUAUCAUGGAAACAAGGGAAUUCCAACAACUUAUUGAUUUUCUAAGCUCAUUACAUCCCUUUAAUAAAUUUAAUGCACAAAUCUAUAAGAACUUUGUGAACUUUCUGGACAUGACCCUUAUCGUAAAGUAUCAUCAAAUACUCCUUGCUGACCCUGACUUUAACAGGGUACUCUCACCCCUCCAUUAAUUGUUUUCAGAGGGGAUAAAAAUUAUGUGACUUUCUGGUUCAUAGUCACCUUCCAGCUGAACCGAACCUUCUUACAUUGGGACUAAACCAUGUUUAAGAAGACCCUAUGUAUUGGAAACAAAACACAUUAGCUUCCCUAAGGGGACCUUUACCAUCAAAGAGGGCUUCAAAUUUAAUAGUCGAAAUGUGAUCUAUGUGAGCAUUUUCCCAAGAUGCUACUCCUUUUACAUAAGUGAUAUUGGGAAGAAGGCUACCUGAGUAGGUUCAGCAAACGUCUUUGUGAAAUUGAACAAAACAAGCCAUCCUUGGUCUCAUCCCAUUUCAAGGGAGGUGAACACAACGGCACAUCAGAUGCAUCCGGACUCUUAUUUCUUGCACUAAUACAGCUGCUAGACUGAAGAAUGAAAUCAAAUUAUUUAGGAUUUUCUGCAACACAGAUUAUGCAAUCAGUUAAAUGCUCUCUUAUGAGUGGUUCUCAAUCUCCCUCCAAUUGUAUUUUCAUUGUUGGUUGGUACGCACCACAGAAUUAUGUGGGAUGCACGUUUUGGUUUUGAACAACUCUGCUUUCAAACAGACGGAGAGAACUACAUUUUGAUCAGAAUCUUCAAACACAUAAGUUUUUUUAUUUCUAUUUUUCAAGUCUUAUUUUGUCUUGCCUGCUGAAGAAGGCAUUUAGCCGACAUGUCCUUGUAAUUGUCAUGUUUAUUUUUUUCAACCGCAAACACAUCUCGUUCCAGUAUUUAUUUAAUGUAUUUAUCUAUUCACAUAGUUUUUGUGUUCCCUUUCGACAAGAGUAGUAACACUAAUCUGAACGAUUGAUACAAAAAUCAAUAAGUUCAAUAAAAUUUUAGUACCAGUAAUCAUAAACAUAUUUUGAUAUGAACUAAUUUUAUCCUCAUUUUGUUCAUAUCCCAUUUGUACUAGAAUAUCAUCAUUUUGUUCAUAUACCAUUUGUGUUAGAAUAUCAUCAUUUUGUUCAUACAUAAUUUGUGAUAGAAUCUUAUCAUUUUGUUCAUAUACCAUUUGUGCUAGAAGCUCUUCAGGAGAUCGGAUAGGUGCCUCAAACAGACAAGCAUCAACUGGUCCAGCUCCUUCACAGGGUCAAGGACAGUCCAAAAAUACACUAACUGAAUCCUUGCUAUCUAGUCAAAAUCCUGUUAAUCCACAGAAUAAUCCAGGUGAAUGCUGCAUGAGAAAUAUUUAUGUCUGCCAUCAGUCUUAAACUCAGUCUGUUAUGAGUCUUACACUCAGUCUGUCAUCAGUAUUACACUCAGUCUUUCAUCAGUCUUACACUAAGUCUCACAUCAGUAUUUCAAUACAUGUCUUACACUCAAUACAUGUCUUGCACUCAUUUACCUGUAUUACAUGUUCAAAUUUCAUAGUAAUAACAUUUGAUGCUGAACUGCAUUUAAAAUGACUUGCUAAACUACUGACUUGUCUCUAUGCCCAGCUGUGAUGGACCCUCUAAGGGUGACGAUGCUGAGAGGUCAUCAGAACUGGAUCUGUGCAGCUUACCCCCAUUUUGUGUGUUGCUACAGGUUAGUGCUGUUGCUUGCCUUUAAUAAAAGCUUUAGCUUAUGGUACCGGUACCAUACGAUCACUCAGCAGAUUUUUCCCUGAGCUUCUUCGCUGGCUAGCUGUUGCCAUAUGAAUUGCGAGAUUUCUGUGACCACUGGCGACUUGCUGGAUGAAAAAACCGGUCGGCCAAGAGGUGUUAUUCUCAUGGUUUUGUUAACAGUUUAUAUUGUAGGCUGGCAAUAUACAAACACAAGACUGUCAUAAGUUAUCAGUGUGCAUACAUGGUCAAUAGUUGAAAGGCCUUUUUAACAAAAUAUUGGUAGUCUUCUAGGCAUAUUUUGUUGUUCCAAGAUUAAAAUUUGUGAAGUAAAUUUCAAGUUUGAUUUUAUUUGAGCAGCCAAAAGAAAUUAAAGAAACUAUGGCUGGAGGAACCAUGACCCUUUUUUUUUUUUUUUUUUUAAAUGGAAUUAAUUAGCUAAAGAAUUUUGUAAUGUACUUUUUUUUCCCCCUUCAUGGGUGGCUGAUCACUUAAAUGUGGGGAAUAUCCUCACGUGAUCCUAAUUAAUUAAUUUAGUGCUUUAAUAUACCCACUUCCCCACCAACCAGGCAAGACAAUGUUUAACAGUUUUAUUGUGGUUACAUGAUUAUUUAUUCAAUUUUUAGAGUGCACAUCUAAAAGAAAAAGCUGCAUGUAUUCUUUUAAAGAGCCGUAGGCUCAGGUUGCUGACCCCUGUGCCAGGUUGCUGACCCCUGCAAUAGGUUGCUGACCUCUGCUCUAGGUUGCUGACCCCUGCCCUAGGUUGCUGAUCCCUGUGCUAGGCUGCUGACCUCUGCACUAGUACAUAAAUAUGUAUAAAAGUUCUGCAUCAGAAGCCAUAGUUGUGCCUGCUCAAUUUGUAAUCAACUAUGUGGAUUAUCACUGUCAGUCAUGACUUUCUGCUGAUUGCAACCAUCAACAAACAGCAUCUGACUCUCAACUUUGAUUUAUACCUGAGAUUUGUGGCUGAAACAAAUCAGCAGUGUGAACGUACUUUUCUGGGUCAGCUUGUGCUUUAUAGGGGAUCAAUUAUCGACUUUACAAUAGUCACUAAAAUUGUAUUUUGUAAAAACACUGUUUGUAAUCAGCUUAAAUCAGUUUGUUACAAACCUCAGGAUAAAACGCUCCACUGGCAAAAAUCUCUUUUUGCAAAAUAAAAGAUUCUAUUGCCUAAAAUCUAUUGUUACAGAAUGAAAGAUUCUACUGGCUGGCAUUUACUCUGGACAAGCCAACACAUGGACAGCCAGGUGGAACGCGUUGCUCUCAAUGCUAAAGUUGUCAGUUCCAAUCAAGAGAAUUCCAACAGCAAGAUGGUCGCAGCAUCUUCUGGUUCAACAGUGUGGUUGUGGGCAGUUUGGGAUGAUGGAGAAAGUAGACAAAUAGGUGAGUAGAUUAGUGGAGAACACAAACAAAUAGGUGAGUAGAUUAGUGAAGAAAGUAGACAAAUAGGUGAGUUGAUUAGUGGAGAAAGUAGACAAAUAGGUGAGUAGAUUAGCGGAGAAAGUAGACAAAUAGGUGAGUAGAUUAGCGGAGAAAGUAGACAAAUAGGUGAGUAGAUUAGUGGAGAACGCAAACAAAUAGGUGAGUAGAUUAGUGGAGAAAAUAGACAAAUAGGUGAGUAGAUUAGGGGAGAACACAAACAAAUAAGUGAGUAGAUUAGUGGAGAAAGUAGACAAAUAGGUGAGUAGAUAAGUGGAGAACCCAAACAAAUAGGUGAUUAGAUUAGUGGAGAAAGUAAACAAAUAGGUGAGUAGAUUAGUGGAGAAAGUAAACAAAUAGGUGAGUAGAUUGGCUAAUUUAAUAGCUCAUGAAAAUAAAUGCAUAGAGUCAUUAGAGUGCAGUGGAAAUUGAAAAUAUUCUUGGCCUUUCCCGGUCAAGUCAUAGUUUGUGUCGAUAAUUAAGCCCAGGUCUGUGGUCAUGUCGAAGGGAAGAGUAUCAGAUUGUUUGGUUUUGAGAUCAGUUAAACUUAUGUCAUGUAGCAAUCAAUGGGAGAAUCAUACAAAGUGGAGCAACUAUUGAAUACUCCAUAACUGAGCUAGUGUUAUAGUAAUAUGGGAAACACCAAAUUAUGGGGAAUCCCCCACCUGAAUCGACUUGAGUUGAUUGAUGUUUGCUGAACUUGCCUUGCAGGUGUGUUUGACCUCCACGUCUCUGUAGAUAACUUAUUUUUUAUUGGGAGUCAGCUGGUGGCUCUCAGCCGGACAGGAAAGGUUGGAGUCUGGCACUCUAUGACUCAACAUUGGCAGGUAAGUCUUCCUUAAAGAAACGUGGAUUUCUAAAGGUGUCUAUCUUUGGAAGUAACAUGUUUUUUGUAAGGUAUCUGGGGUGGUACCAUUUGUUUUGCUCUGAAUUUCACUAAAUUUAUUGCAUAGAAUUUGAUUAUUGAUAUCAAAAUACACUUUUUCUUGUUUCUGAAGCAAGUUUACUUAACUGUACACUAUGUAGUAAAACAAUAAAUAUUUGAUGUCCCUCAUUUCUCCCCUGCAUGUCACUCUUUCCCCCCCCCCUUCUUUCCCCCAUGUGGACAGAUUCAGGAUGUGGUUCCUAUAACAAGUUAUGACACAGCUGGAUCUUUCCUUCUACUUGGCUGCGAGGAUGGCUCUAUUUACUACAUAGGUACACUUGUUCUAUCUACUACAUAGGUACACUUGUUCUAUCUACUACAUAGGUACACUUGUUCUAUCUACUACAUAGGUACACUUGUUCUAUCUGAUCAUGACACAAUUCUAAUGAACUGAAUAAAAUACUAACUUUUAUCGUGAUUAUGUUUCUGUGACCUAGAUAUGCAGAAGUUCCCAUUGCGUAUGAAGGACAACGAUCUACUUGUGACAGAGUUGUACAGUGAUCCAGCAUGUGACAUGGUGACAGCGCUCAGUGUUUACCUGACUCCUAAAACCAGUAAGCAAAUGGAAUUUCAUGUAUGUAUUAUCAACCAGAAUAUGGCCGAGGUAUUUAUUAUUAACCAGAAUAUGGCACAGGUAUUUAUUAUUAACCUGAAUAUGGCCCAGGUAUUUAUUAUUAACCUGAUAAUGAUGAAAAUAAGUUCAAUUUAUUCCAUGUUAUUACUACAGCUCUAAGUGGCAAUUGGAUUGAAAUAGCUUACGGAACAAGUUCUGGAACAGUCAGGGUUAUUGUUCAGCACCCCGAGACGGUAGGACAUGGACCGCAGCUGUUUCAAACAUUCACUGUUCACCGCAGCCCUGUCACCAAGGUCAUGCUGUCAGAAAAACAUUUAGUUUCAGGUAGGGCAAGGGAAUGAUUAAUAACAAUAUUUUUUGAGUCACAAAGUCUGAUGUUUGAAUGAUGAUCAUAAUAUUUAGUUGAGUUACAAAGUUUGAUGUUUGAAUGAUGAUCAUAAUAUUUAGUUGAGUUACAAAGUCUGAUGUUUGAAUGAUGAUCAUAAUAUUUAGUUGAGUUACAAAGUUUGAUGUUUGAAUGAUGAUCAUAAUAUCUAGUUGAGUUACAAAGUUUGAUGUUUGAAUGAUGAUCAUAAUAUUUAGUUGAGUUACAAAGUCUGAUGUUUGAAUGAUGAUCAUAAUAUUUAGUUGAGUUACAAAGUCUGAUGUUUGAAUGAUGAUCAUAAUUCAAACAACCUGAUUCUUUGAUAUUGACAGUUUGUUCAGAAUACAACCACGUGAGGACUUGGAAUGUGACCAGAUUUCGUGGAAUGAUUUCUACACAGCCUGGCUCCACGCCACUGGCUUCAUUUAAAAUUGUUUCAUUGGAUGACAUGGAUCCUCUGAUCAGUUACUCAGCAGGAAAUGAUUUUGGUAUGGCUGAAAGAAUAGACAUUGAUUUUACUCAAACUUAUCUUACAUAAAUCCACUAAUGACAAAAGUGAUUAUAAUUGUAUAUUUAGUUUAAAACUUUGAAAUCUGGAGUUAAGUGGACUUAAGUGCCAAUCACUCAUCAGUGCUAACUUUGAUUACAACAUUGCAAUAUGGUCUAUAUCAGAUGUGGGCAAUCUUUGGCCCACAUGCCAUGUGCGGUCUGUUGAAAUAUUUAAUGCAGCAUGAAGGACCUUACGGGAACUGGGUUAAUGUUUCACUAGCUACACUAUUUAUUAUUUUCACUAUAUUAAAAGAUUCUUUAAUUUAUUAUUUUCCAUUUAUUAAAAGUGUAUUUAAUUUUUUGUCUAAAAAUAUAUCAUUUAUGGCACUAAAAUUAUUCAUUAUUUUCAGUUAUUAAAAAAACGAGUUUAGUUUAUUUUCUUGAACUCUAGCCCCCUAUAAAAAUUAGUUUAGUUUAUUUUCUUGAACUCUAGACCCCUGGAAAAUUAGUUUAGUUUAUUUUCUUGAACUCUAGACCCCUAGAAAAUUAGUUUAGUUUAUUUUCUUGAACUCAAGACCUCACGAAAAUUAUCAUGCAGCCAAAACCCAAUCAAUUUCCAUGCAACCCUCCGCACAAAAAUGUUUUCCCACCCUUGGUCUAUGUACUUCUUAUCUCCUUAGGACCAUUUGGUGAGCAAGAUGACCAACAGUUAUUUGUGCAGAAGGUAGUGUCCAACACCGACCAGUUGUUUAUCAGACAAAGCUCUACUGGACAAAGGUUAGUCAGAUAUUGUAAAAAACUGUAAAUAAGAUUAUUAUAAAUAAUACUGAAAUCAGUCUUAUCAUUUAUGUGGUAACUUCCGUAUUCAUGGUCAUCAUUAAUAAUUUCAUUUUUUAACUUUUUUUUUAUUGUUAGCUAAAAACAAAACAUAAUUAUUUAUAAAUAGGAGAAUUUAACAGUAAAAUGUCAAACACAAUAAGUGCUGUUUAACUUAGUUUUUGUCCAUGAAGAAUCAAAGUUCAAAGAUGAUGUUAGUUGUCCUAUAACGGUGUGAAAUAGAUUUUGUCUUACAAUGGUGUAAUAAUAUAUGAUCAUAAACAAAGGUCUGCAUUCAAGUUGUGUGAAGGACAUAGUGGAACAAUCUAACGUUGAAGCUUGAAAUGAAAAGAAAGGACAAUGAAAGUGGAAUGUUUCAGCAAAAAGCCUUCUUCAGCUGACAGGGCAAAACAAGAACAAAGAAAUAUAAAACACUGUAAUUAUAUAUCUUGUUUUCACUGAUCUCUGUGAGCUUUGAUAGAGCUUAAGGCAGUGCAUAAAUGUUCCUUUGUCUUUGACAGAAUCUGUGUGAUUAGAUCGGUAGACAGCAGCACCAUCAGCUCAUUCUGUGUUCAUGAAUGUGAGGGUUCCAACAGGAUGGGAUCUUGUCCUAGGAGAUAUUUGUUUACUGGUCACAACAAUGGAAGCAUUCAGGUAAGCAUGUUCAGUUGAAUGUUUUCAGGCAAAUGUGUUCAACAGAAUGUGUUCAGGUAGGCAUGUUCAUGGAAGGCAUUCAGGUAAGCAUGUUCUGUUGAUGGCAUUCAUGCAAGCAUGUUCUGUGUUCCCUGGCGUAGUGAUAGAAGAUUAUGCUACAUUAACUUAAAGUAAGUAAUCAAGUUACAAUUUGAGGCUUCAAAUUCUAAUAAUAGGAGUUGAACAGCAAUUCUUGAACAAGCUAACUUUAUAUAUAUUUAUUUGACACCAUUUUAUUUGCUUUAUUUGUCCAUGACCAAUUUGACAAAAUGAAGUUCAUGACCAAAUGACUUUCAUUUUAUUUCUUGUUUUUAGAUGUGGGACCUAACAACAGCUUUGGAUUUGUAUAAACAGUCAGACAAAGGUAAUCUGGCUAUCCGUAGAGUUCCUCACACCAUAGGCUAUGACACCUAGUUAAACUAAGUGUAAGUUUAAAGUUAUGUUGGAUUCUAAAAUGUGGAGCCUAACAACUGCUUUGGAUUGGUAUAAACAGCUCGACAAAGGUAAUCUGGCUGUCCGUAGGGUACUCCAGGGGUAAUAACAUAAAGAUAGGGUAUUUUCUUUCUUCAAUAUUUCAAUGAGACGUGACCAAAGGAUUGACCUAACACCCUGUGUGCCCUGUUGUUGGUUAAAAUGUGGAUAAUUCAAAUGCCUAUGAUUUCACACUCUUUUGUUUUGUUUGACAGGCAAGCUGGAGUCUGGCCCCACAGCUACUGAACUGGUCAGACUGUUGGAGCAAGUGGACCUCAGCUCGUCCCAGUGGUCCAGUCCUUGUGUCAGCCCAUCCCCCUCCCUCCUGGUGGGACCUGGCAGCCUGCCACUCGGCGCACGUUUGUCUGCUUCUGCCAGCAAAUGGAAUCCCUCCAGGGCGAGCGUAUGCCAUGCAAGCUUAGAUGCAGAAUUGGACGCAACUCUAAAAGUGAGUUAACAUUUAAUUAACAUGACACUUUUUUGAUCUGAUGGCAAAAAAAUUUAGUAGUACCCCAUAGUCAAUUGAGUCAUUUAACUAGUAAAAAUAUUUUACCAAUGUUAUAAAUGUUAGACAGGUCAGGUCAGUGACCAAUGUCAUAAAUGUUAGACAGGUCAGGUCAGUGACCAAUGUCAUAAAUGUUGGUCAGGUCAGUUCAGUGACCAAUGUUAUAAUGGGAGAAAGCUUUUUACUGUUGAAAACCAUACAGAGCAGCUAAGGAACGAAGUAAAUAGGUAGUAGCAUUUUUUAUCCUUCGUAUGCGAAGAUGACCAAUGCUUCGACUUGAGUAGUAUCUUAGAAUUGAGCUCAAUUCGCCAGUUCCCAUCCUCUCAUCCUUGCCUAUUUGUUACAAUGGGCUCGGAUAAAAUUAACAAGCUAUUUAUUUAAAUAAACAUUGAUUAAAAUCCAAUUGUUUAACUUUUAAAACUCCCAUUUUCUGUUGUUUGACCAGUUGAUUGAUGAAGAUGAGGCUGCUCAAAGUGCCAAAGGCACCGCAACAAGACCAACUCAGAACCAAGAAAACAAUGAGUUCAGAGUUCAGAAAGCGUCCAACUAAUAAGAAGUAAUGAGGGAUUUACAGUAACGUACAGGUCUUCAAUUUCAAUUCAACUCCAGAGAGAAAUAAUUGACACGGUGACCAUGUUAGAAUAAUUGCCAACUUGGAAAUAUUAUGUUUUCCUAGUAACUGCCAAUUGAAGUUACUGUGCAUAUUUUCUAGAACAUAAUAAAUGUUUGCGAUUUGCAAUGAUAAAAAUGAUGUAUUUUUGACAUUUCAGUGACUGACCUAGAAAGGAAUAUAGAUUUACUGGCAAUCAAUCGGUUGUCAAAUGUAGGCAACAUCAGGGUUACUCUUGUCUCUGUAUAUAUUUUAUGUGCAAUUUUUGCAACAAUGGCUUCUUGAAAUAAAUAAUUCACAUGUUAAUACUUGAUAGCUUAUAAGAAUGUGCAAUGGUGCUUGAUCUAAAGUCACGUUAAUUUAUUGAAUACACUGAUUACGAUAAUCUUAUUUUACGUUGUUGUUUUUUUUUGUUGUUGUUUUCUUACUAGUGUAAAAAAAAAAAAUUUUUUUAAAAAAGGACUUGAUCAAUGGAGCUAUUCAUUUUAGCUUUAAUUUGAUGAAGUAUUCUAUAUUCUUUUAAAUGCUGGUUGUUUAAUGGUCUGUAGAAGACAAGUUCAGGGUAUUAGGAAGAGCAGGUCCAGGGUCUAUUGAAGGGUAGGUCCAUUUCUAUUGAAGUGCAGGUCCAGGAUUUUUUUAUUUUAAAAUAUGGCGAAACAGGGAUACACUGAGCCCUAUACUGUGUCUGUGUGGGAUAUUGUCAACAUUUAUUUACUACCAUAGGAUCUGGGUCAGCAAUACACAGCCGUGGGACUUAUCUAGUCUGUGGUUUCUAUUCAAUACGAGCAAGCCAAACCAGUUUUGUUUUGUGGAAAUAUUUUGUUUAUAUUUGAAGCUCUAUGUUUAAAUGUAUUUAGAUUAACUAAAGCAAGACAAUGCUGACUGUGCAUAAAGAGCGAGACUGGUUGACUGUUUUGUUGUCUGCUAGUAGAAAAUUAGGUACUAAAAAAUAAACAUAUUUUGGAUGUUUAACCUCUAUUUCCAAUGAAUUUGUGUUUUUUAAAAAUAUUGACAAUUCAUUUAGAAUGCUAUAUUUAAAUCAAUUAUGCAAAAUCAGAAACAUUAUUUUAAUUAUGGUAACAAAACAAAUUAUUUUAGGGGCUUCAUAUUGGAGAAACAGAAAUAAUCUUUCUUUGUA